UUCUGGCUGCCUCGCCGUCCCGGCGGCGGGACCCGGCGGCGGCACAGAGCAAGCCCCGGAUCACAUGGACUCGGCCAGCGCCAGCCGGGGCAGCCGAUGCCAAGCGCAUUGCAGGGAUGCCACCGCCGCCCCCAGCCUCGGGGACCUGCCGGGGGGCCGCUCAUCCCUGCCCUUCGUCCCGCCCCGCUCUCCCCAAACCGCAGGACAGGUCCCAGGGCACCCCAUACAGCUCCCGGGUGUGACCCCAUGGAACGGCCUGGGCUGCCCCGGAGCGAGGGGGGGUACCGGCAGACCCCUCUGGGGAUGUCCCAUCCGCGGUGCUGAGGGCACGGCAGGACCCCGAGCUGCAGCUCCAUCCCCACCAGGGCUCCUUUCCCGGUGCCACUGCCCAGCUCGCCACAGCAAUGGUGUGUCCAGCCGGGCUUUCCCCUAAACACACCCUGCCCCAAGCAGGAGCUCCCCCACAGCCAAUCCAAGCAGCCAGGAGCAAACUCAAGGCUUGGGAUCAACCCGGGCAUGGAGCACCCCGGGAUUCACAGGAGCUGACCAAAGGACUGCAACCAUGUGUCUUCUUUUGGGGACACCCCAAGCCAGUGGUGCGGUGGCUGGGGUGACAUGAGAGUCUCUGCAGCUUGCCCACCCCAAGUGCUGCUGGUGCAGCCCAGUCCCAGCUUUUGGGGGAAUUUUUGCCAUGAAACAGCAGCAGCAGGUGCUCCCCAGUGCUGCCAGUCCCAGAGCAACCUGAUGCCCACGUCCUCUGGGUUCAUGCAGGGACUAAAUUUAAACCUUGGCAAGGAGGAGAGGAAAGCUUCCCGUAGAGCUGGGCUGGCACUUAACCCUUCCCUGCUGAGCUGGGCUGGGCUUGCAGGUGGCAUUUGUGCCCACAGGGACUGCAGGCUGCCAUUGGCAGUGCUUGCUGGUGUGGUGGCCUUGUGCAAGAAGGAGUGUGUAUGUGGGAUUUCAAACCCCCAAAUCCAUUUCUUCAUGGUCUGGCACAGGCACAGACUGCCAGGGCAGUGCUGGGGUCAUCAUCCCUGACCCUGCUUCUCCACGGGGCUCCAGGGGCUGUCUGGGGCCAGCCCACCUCCCACAGCACCCACAGUGGGUGGACAGAGGCUGGACAGAGGAUGGACACCACAGCCGGGUGUCUGGUGCUGCUCUCCUGCCACCCUCACAGCCUCCAGUGGUGUUGUGUCACUUGUCACAGCUGUUGUCAGGGUGACCACUGUGGUCUUAGCAGGACCCGGGUGUCAGAGCAGCAGCAGCAAGGACUGUGCAGAGCACAAGUGUUGGAGUGAGGCAUGGGAAAGGCUGGGAGAGCUGGGGGUGCUCACCUAGAGAGAAGGCUUCAGGGAGAGCUCAGAGCCCCCUGAAGGGCCUAAAGGGGCUCCAGGAGAGCUGCAGAGGGACUGGGGACAAGGGGUAGAGGGACAGGACACAGGGAAUGACUUCAUACUGAUACAGGGCAGAAUUAGGUGGGAUAUUGGGAAGGAAUUGUUCCCUGGCAGGGUGGGCAGGCCCUGGCACAGGUGCCCAGAGCAGCUGUGGCUGCCCCUGGAUCCCUGGCAUUGCCCAAGGCCAGGCUGGACAGGGCUUGGAGCAGCCUGGGACAGUGGAAGGUGUCCCUGCCCAUGGCAGGGGGUGGAAAGGAGUGGCCUUUGGGGUUCUUUUCAACACACACCAGUCUGUGAAGUUGGGAUCCCAAGGAUGCUGUGAACAGCCUCUCUGGGGGUGCUGUGGGAGCAGCAGAACUGGCCAGGCAUUGCUGUCACUGCCCUGGCUGCAGCCCCAGGCUGCCACCAACCCAGGCCACGGUGCACACCUGCACCUCAUCCUGCUGCUCCUGGGUUUGUCCCUCGGUGUGGAGGCCACGGAGAGACCCCUGGGCUCCUCCUGCCAGACGAAACCCAACCAGCACCUCCCAGCACUCAGAGCAGCCAGCGUGAUACUGCCUGCAGCCUCACCACUGCAUUUGCUUAUUAACCUGGAUUUCGUGCUAGCUCGGUGCGUGCUCACCUCAGUGCUGGCAAGCCUGGCACGGGCAGUGAGGAGGAGGAGGAGGAGGAAGGCUGCUGGUAGCUGCUGAAAGCAGGAUGUGCCUCUCCCACGCUGGAGUUACUUUUUGCAGCUCCGGAGGAGCAGGAAACACCGGCCCAGCUUGGCUUUCAGCGGGGCCUCCGGUUCAGGAUCUGGGCAUCCGGGCCGCGGGAGCGCAGGCCCUGGGACACCCCGGGGCGUGGGGUGACAGAGGGACCCACCCGCGCCCGUGCCAGGCUGUCCCGGGGCGGCCCCGCUCCCCCGGCCCCGCCGGGGCUGUGGCACAGGGGCGAUGCCCGGGCAGGGCUGUGGGCCCAGAGCCGCGGGCCAGAGAGCGGGGCCGGGCUGGGACACGGCGGGGCCGCGUCAGGGGCCAGCCCCGUUCCCAGCCCCCUGUCCCGUUCCAAGCUCCGUUCACAGCCCCCUGCCCCAUACCCAACCCCCUGUCCUGUUCCCUGCUCCCAGCCCUCGGUCCCGUUCCCAGUCCCCUGUCCCGUGUCCCGAUCCCAGCCCUCAGUCCCGUUCCCAGCCUCGUGUCCCAUUCCCAGUCCCGUCUCCUAAUCCCAAUCCCGUGUCCCGUUCCCAGCCCUCAGUCCCGUUCCCAGCCUCAUGUCCCAUUCCCAGUCCUGUCUCCCAUUCCCAAUCCCGUGUCCCGAUCCCAGCCCUCAGUCCCGUUCCCAAUCCCGUGUCCCAUUCCCAAUCCUGUGUCCCGAUCCCAGUCUUGUGUCCCGUUCCCAGUCCCGUUUCCCGUUCCCAAUCCCGUGUCCCAUUCCCAGUCCCGUCUCCCAUUCCCAAUCCCGUGUCCCGAUCCCAGUCUCAUGUCCCGUUCCCAGCCCUCUGUCCCGUUCCCAAUCCCGUAUCCCAUUCCCAGUCCCGUCUCCCAUUCCCAAUCCCGUGUCCCAUUCCCAGUCCCGUCUCCCAUUCCCAAUCCCGUGUCCCGAUCCCAGUCUCGUGUCCCGUUCCCAGCCCUCAGUCCCGUUCCCAAUCCCGUGUCCCAUUCCCAGUCCCGUCUCCCAUUCCCAAUCCCAUGUCCUGAUCCCAGUCCCGUUUCCCGUUCCCAAUCCCGUGUCCCAUUCCCAGUCCCGUCUCCCAUUCCCAAUCCCGUGUCCCGAUCCCAGUCUCAUGUCCCGUUCCCAGCCCUCAGUCCCGUUCCCAAUCCCGUAUCCCAUUCCCAGUCCCGUCUCCCAUUCCCAAUCCCGUGUCCCAUUCCCAGUCCCGUCUCCCAUUCCCAAUCCCGUGUCCCGAUCCCAGUCUCGUGUCCCGUUCCCAGCCCUCAGUCCCGUUCCCAAUCCCGUGUCCCAUUCCCAGUCCCGUCUCCCAUUCCCAAUCCCAUGUCCUGAUCCCAGUCCCGUGUCCCGUUCCCAGCCCUCAGUCCCGUUCCCAAUCCCGUGUCCCAUUCCCAGUCCCAUCUCCCGUUCCCAGUCCCGUCUCCCAUUCCCAGUCCCGUGUCCCGUUCCCAGCCCUCAGUUCCGUUCCCAAUCCCGUGUCCCAUUCCCAGUCCGGUGUCCCAUUCCCAAUCCCGUGUCCCGAUCCCGUUCCCGCCGAGCCCCACGUCACGCGCAGGCCGCGCGGCGGGGCCCGCCCAGACCCCCCCCGCCAUGAGGGCGGGAAUGCAGGCCCCGCGCCCAGGGACCCUCGGUCACACGCAGGGGAGGGCUCAGUCCCCGAUCCCCAUCCCGGAUCCCCGAUCCCGGAUUCCCGAUCCCAGCCCCAAGCCCAAGCCCUCGGCCAGGUCCCGCAUCCCGCGGCAAAUGACGGCCGCCUCCUCCUUCCCGUCCCCGCCAUCCCCCGCAACCUUCCCGGCGCCAGGCUCGGACCACCACGGACAGGCACAGCGAUGUCACGUCUUUAUUUAAAAAUAAAUAAAUAUAUAUACACACACAAA